AUGAGUGCAGCCAAUGCUUCGAAAUCGAUCCUGAAAGGCGGACCUCCAGAAAAGCGCCCUGCGCCGCAAGACGACCGAUCGAUACGUGAAACGGCCCUGUAUCAUGCGAAGCUAAUUCAAGAGCAAAAGGAUAUUGAGUUGAAUAUUCUUGAGGCUACGGAGCGUUUACUUGACUUCCCCUCGACCGACAAGAAUCCUGCAGGUAAACCGUCUCUGGAGGACGCGUCUACGUUCAAGGAGCUGCUCAAGACAUUUCGGCCUUCAGAUUACGACUCACUGGUCGAGGAGCGCAAUAUCGACGGCAGAUGUGGUUAUGCCCUUUGCCCUCUGCCAAACCGAAAAGAGGACACCAAGGCCAAACUUCGCAUCCUUCGCGGCAACGGUGAAGGAUUUAAGGUUGUGCCCAAGGCAAAGCUCGAACAAUGGUGCUCUGAGGACUGCGCACGAAGAGCUUUAUAUGUGCGCGUCCAGCUCAGUGAAGAGCCUGCCUGGUUGAGGGGCGCACUUCGAGGGGUUGUAAUAGACCUGCUAGACGAAGUGGAGGCUCGGAAGGCAAAUGCGACGGCUGCUGAAGCUAUAAGGAGUAGCAGUGCUUCUGCUUCCGGACCAGAUAAGCCCAGGGCCCACGGAGCAGGAGAUGAUAUUUUGGCUGAAGCCAUGAAAGACUUGGCUUUAGAGCGCGGCGACAAGCGUCCCGAGGACAACCCAUCUGGCCUGGCUGAUGUUACGGUACAUGAAAAGGCUCCAGGGAGCGAAGGCGAGCCUGUGCCGCCUUCUUUGGAAUCGCAACUAGCACAUCUCUCCAUCGAAGGUUAUCAGCCGCGAGAGCUAGGAACCAGACGACAGCGUCGUCACGGUGAAGAAGAGAGUGAUUGUUAUGAUAGUUCAGCAGAGAUCGACAAUGACUACGAUAUAUAA